AAUUUCACUCGUCACCAUUUGGUUACACAUACAAAUUUACCCCUUGAAACAAUACUUCUUUUCUGCUUGCAACUGCUUCAUGUGUUGCUAAAAAUUAAUGAAAUAAGUUGUUUAAAAAAAUAUGCAAGUUGUGAUCCAAGCCGAUCCUCACAAGAAAAGGAAGUAAAUAUGGAAAAACAAAAAGUAUACACAGCUAUUCUCUCUGAUUACUUUGUCUAAAUACCGACUCAGGUACGUUUCGAAGCACUGCAGGCUAACAAUUUUUUUGUGGGCUUCUGUCCUAAUUCUAGACUUUCUCGACAAGCAGGAGAAGUUCUCGACUUCCGUGACUUGUGUUACUAAAAUAAUUGACCCUGGCAGCAAAGGCAGCUUUCAUUCAUAAAAUUGUUUGUUUGGAGGUGAAGAGACAAAGAAAGGAAAAUGCAUGGUCCCUUACCUGCUGAGCAAAAAUUUAUCGAGAACAUUGGGGAGAUCCUAGCCACACAUAAACUGCCUUUGCUAGAAAGAUCUUUUAAGGAUAAGGAAAAACCAGGUAAAAAUGGUGGCGAGUCAUUCAGUGGGUAACCAUGGCAAUAAGGUCUAACGGUUUCAUUUGACAUUACCACAAGUAGAUUAUUGUGAUAAUUCUUCUAAAACGUAGUUAUCAACGCCAGUAAAGAGAGCAGAAGGGCCCAAAUUGCAUUUUUGUUUUUGUUGAAAGCCACCUUUACUUGCUUCUCUACAUGUAAACCCUAUGAAAACUUUGUUCCAGCUUCUUCAAUGUACAUAGGAUCUUCCUCCCUCCAUGUAAACAGCCCCCUUUAUUGCUUAACCCUUUAAACCCUANCCAAAUUGCAUUUUUGUUUUUGUUGAAAGCCACCUUUACUUGCUUCUCUACAUGUAAACCCUAUGAAAACUUUGUUCCAGCUUCUUCAAUGUACAUAGGAUCUUCCUCCCUCCAUGUAAACAGCCCCCUUUAUUGCUUAACCCUUUAAACCCUAGGAUCAAAAUUUGAAUUCUCAUGUGUUGCCCCUAUUCAUUUUCUACAGAAGUAGUGAGGAGAAGUUGAUAGAAUAUCAAGCACAUUCAUCUUGUGUGAUCAUGUCCAUAAUUCUCAUGACCAUUCUGUUUCACCAAGCAUUGAUAUUACAUUGAGAAAUUCGAUGCUGAUCACUCUUGGCUUAAAGGGUUAAGAAACUAACCACCUAUUUUGUGGUGUAGAGAACAACUGAAGGAAACAAGGUUGUCAAGACAAUAUCUUUCACAAACAUCCGGAGGGUGGAUGGUGGAAGAUACACCUGUAAGGCAAACAACGGCGCAUUGGAUUCCAACGGAAAGGAAAUUAUAGUGACCCAAACAAUCAACCUCAACGUUAAUUGUAAGUGUGUUACUCAUAUGCUGUACAUGUACUGAUCCUUGCACUGUUACGAGGUCAUUGCUGUUUUGGUUAAUUCUAUCCUUAAGUCAUUACUGAGUGUCUCAAGCAAUACACACAAUACUCGAAAACAGUAGAGGUUGUGGACACCACUUUCAUGGUGUGUGACUUGUGUUGUCGUUGGUCUGGGUGGACUAUGUGAGUCUGAGAUCAUACAUUGAAUAAAAUGGCCAAGAAAGUGGGCUAUACUAUAAUGCUAAUACCUGAUCCUAUCCGUUUGGUUCUCUACAUCUGCCGCAAGAGAUGAAAAUUGGCACUGUUUUCCUUAAAUGGGUGGUUCAUUUGGGCUCCUAAGUUUUUCCAAAAAGGCUGUGUCUAAAGCUUAUAUUAAUCAUGCACUUGACACCUGUUUUGUAAUGAGGCCCUGUCGGGGUAAAAUCCCUAUGGGCGACAUGGACUUGAAACAGUGGCAUAAGACUGGAAUGACAUGGAGAUGGGUUAAAACAGGGGCAUGGCCUAUUCCUCAAAACACACAAUGGCCGUAUUUGAAAUUCAGACAAGGGACAUAAUAUGUAACUCCUCUCCCCCUCCCCCUCCCCCCCUCCCAGAGGGCCUCUGUAAUGGCCCUUUAAUCUCCUACAUAUUUACAGUGUAUGACACAUGUCUUAAUUCCAGGAUCAAUCCUGUGACAAACUACUUUUUUUGCAUUUAGCUCCCCCAAUGAUUGAUACACGGUUGUCACCUACUCCAGUGUACUCUUUUAUUGGCUACCAGAAAGAGGUCACCGUCGCCUGCUCGUUCUCAGGGUACCCAACACCCCUGGUCAAAAUGGUCAACAGUAGUGGACAGGAAGUCGCGCAAGGAAACAGUUCAGCUAGUUUUAAAAUUACCACUGACUCAGACAACGACUUUGGCACGUUUAACUGCACAGCUGAGAAUUCGCUUGGAAUGCAACACUUCCUGGUAGAACUUAAGGUGGCAGGUAUGUUGCAUACUGGUGUAUCAUGCUCAAAUGAACAAUUUCUAUUUGAUGACAAUUUUCCAUGGUCUGUGCUCUGUACUCUUCUCAACUAUAGAAGUGAACUCAAAAUGCUGAUAAACUCAAAUGGAACCACACGCCACAGGCGAGUGGUUUCACUGCAAAGUUUUUAACAUUUUGACAUCAUUUCUAUGGUCAACAAGAGUAACUUUUUCUAGAAAGAAGAAGCAACUAGUUUAAAUAAUGUCAUAAAACAAACAAUAUCAUAAAAACUGGAUGAAAAUGUAAAUUAUGAUGUGUUUCAUGAAGGCCCACUAGUUUUAUGUUAUACUUUAGUCGUGUGAAUCCUAUAUUUUAGACAAUUAUUAAAAAGUUUUUUUUAUAGGUUUACACAGAAUUUGUUUACAUGCAAAAAUACGUGAUUUAAUUAUUUUGUUGAUACAGUGUUAACAGUUGGUUACUCUAUUCAAACCAGCUGGCUCCUUCAGUUUUUAUUGAAACCCCUGUACAUGUGUGAGAUUCCUGCAAUGGAUUUUGUUUAGGAAAAUUUCGGUGUUUUGGAUAGGUUAGGGUUUCCAUCAUUUUUAUUGUGAUGUGUUAUUAUGACCUCAUUGGUACCUAAUUUUGUGGGUCAUUAAUUUCACCUUUUUCUCACACAAAUCCCUGUGAAAUUUAAGCACCCUCAAUUAUAAUACCCAAGCUCAUAGAAAAACCAAAUGACAAUUAACAUUUGAUAGGAAAGACAUACAUUAACAAACACAAAUUGCUAACUGGCUUUACUGGAAAGCUCCAUUGUUUUGCCUGUUAAAAUCAGCAAAAUAAAACCCCGCGAAAUUCUAUCUUGCCAAAAUCGCGAAUUUGAGUACCCAUGAAAUCAACUACCAUUAAGGUAUAAUGCAAUUCUAAUAAGCUGAUGUGAUUUCAAAAGGAAAAAAUAUUAUUUUAGGAACAAAACUGAGUCUUAACUGACUACUUGUAUGUACACAGAAUUUCCGAGUGGACCACGUAAUCUGGCGGCACCGAAAACAUGCAAAAGCAUCACUCUUAAGUGGGAAGCUCCUGAAAGUAAUGGUGGCUUGGAGAUUUUGCGCUACAAUGUAAGACUCAGGAAAGGCGAUGAGGACGUGCGCAUACAGAGUGUUGAAGCAUCGCAACGGGAAGUGAAAAUUGAUUACCCUUUUGAGCCCGACACGGCAUAUGAAGUUUAUCUUACAGCACAAAAUGAUAAAGGAUAUGGAAAAGAGGAAAUGCUGGGGGUCACAACCAAAAAAUUCUGUGAGUAUAAUUUUCAUAGCUUAGGGUGUGUUUGAUUGAUUGUAUUUCAGAAUACAAGGGUUAGAAUACAGAAAGUUCUUAAACAAAUCUCUUCUACCAUGAUUAAGUACAUUGGGAUACUUUAUUUCAUGCAGAUUCCUAAAUAUUGCAAUAUAUUUACAAUGAAUAUAUGGCAAAAAUAGAUUUCUAGAAAUAAUUCUGUUUGUUCUUAUUCUGGAAUACAGUCAAUCAGACAUGUCCCCGAUACAUGGAAGAGAUGCUUUAGAAAAAUAACAUUAGAACCCCUUUUGUCAAGCUGACCAAAGCAGGAGUAAACCCACCAUGGAGGUAUAUGUAAAGUGGUAAAAAGAAUUUUGACUAGAAUGUGAUUUUGAUAAAAAUUAUAAGGUUGUCACCUAAAGAACCAAAAACAGAUUCUUGACUUAAAAACAAGACUGAAAAUCCUGGGAAAUAAGUACAACGUUACAAGACAGUGUGCUAUUUUUUUUGCUAAAGUUGUCAUCAAAUUGUAAAUAAAAUCCUUGUAAUGCCUCCUAUAACUAGAUUAGCUUUUUAACUAUUUUCUGGGUCGCUUCAUACCUUACAAAAGAAGUGUGUUCGACUUGCGAUAACUCGAACCUUUAGGGGAAAUCGAAAAUAGUUCGAGCUAGCGGGAGUUCAAGUUAUCAGGAGUUCGAAGUAACUAACCGAAACUAUAAGGAAAUAGAAUGGGGAAAGAAUUCAAGUAACAUGUACACCUCAAGUCCUUGAUAAGUACUCAGUGCUGGACACUGUAUUUAAACUGGAGUGACCAGAAAUUACAGACAAUACAAGGUUGUUAAAAUUCAAUGUUUUGGACUGCAUUUUUUGACUUGUCAGGGUGCUCCAAUUAGUUCGAGUUAUCAAGGGUAAAUUUAUAUAGAAAUGGUCUGAAGGGAAACAAAACUUACUUCCAGUUAGCGGGAGGUUCAAGUCAUCAUGGGUUCAAAUUACCAAGGGUAAAUUUAUAGUAAAUGUAUGUGAGAAAUCUAUGGGAAAUCGAUUUUAGUUUAGUUCGAGUUAACAUGAGAUUUGAGUUAGCAAGGGUAAGUUUAUAGCAAAUGUAUGAAGGAAAUCCAGGGGAAAUCGAUUUUAGUGUAGUUCGAGUUAGCGUGAGGUUUGAGUUAGCAAGGGUUCAAGUUAUCAGGAGUGGACUGCACUGUCUUUUUUCCUCUCUUGACUUUUCUGUGCAUGGUAUAAAAAUAAAGUUCUUGUCUUCAGGUUUGCCAAGUAGACCAGCAAUAACAAACACAGAAUUUGAAGUUGAAACAAGCUUCACGCUAACCUGGCAAGCACCUUCUGACAAUGGCGGCGAUAGUAACCUCAAAUACAAAGUGGAAUGGAGGAAAAAGCCAGUCACUGAAGACACAGUGGCAAAGGAAGAAGACAACAUUGGGGAUCUUAGUCUGAAAAUAGAAGGUCUUGAAGGUCCUGCAGAGUACGAAUUUAAGGUCUUUGCCAAGAACUCGGAAGGUGAUAGUGAGCCUGACACGAGGACCUUCAUAGUGAAACAAGCCCCAAGUAAGUUGAAUAUCACCUAUGAUUGGUUCUGUUUUGCAUGUCAAAUGUGGUUACCUAACAUGUUUUUCAGUUAAUCAACUAAAAUGCAUCAGUAGUAAUAAAAAUGCCAAGUCGGAUCUCAUGUUGACACCAGACAAACUAGAUUAUACUACGCUCUAUUCCUUCUAUUGACCACUCUGCCGAAAGGGCGUGCAUAAGUAUACACUGGUAAAAAUCAUCAUGGAUGUGUUUACAAAAUCAUCAUAGUAAUAAUAAUAAUAAUUAUCAUGACUAAUAUAAAAGAAAUAGAGGAUAAAUCAUUACAUGGUUGUGUGGAGGAGGAAAUGUCUCUUUGGGGGAGCAUAGCAAACUAUUGAAUUUUUUUUCAAAUAUUUUGCAUGUCCUAUUUAUUUAUAUAUUUAUUUAUUUAUUUCUUCAUACUUACAUUGUAGCUUGUUCAUACCUUCUGUGCCAUACAACACAUAUUAUUCCUAUUAUUUUGUUAAAAAAUUUCAUGUCUUAUCUCCUGAAAAGGUUUGGUCAGUAGUAAUAAUAAUUAUUACUUAUUAUAUUAUGAAUCCUAAAUUGUCAGUAACACAAAAAGGAAAUAAUCACAGACUGUAUAUCAUGACCAGUCACUCAUAAGCAACAAAAUAUUGAGACAGGACAUAAACCUUGUACCAGAAUAAUUUCAAGCAUACAUUUCAUUCUAUUGCAUCCUUUUUUACACCUUUCGAGGGCUAUAAAUGUAAUAAGUUAUAUGAAAUAACUUCAGAGAAAAGGUUCUCAUGGGAGCCCGAGAAAACAAACUUCACAAGCUAAUUCACAUUUCACAAAAAGAGGUCUUACAGAUGAUGAUUUUACCUGUGUUUUCUCAACUCCUUCGAAAUUUGAAAUCUAUUUUCGCGGGCUCAAAUAAGAAAUUGCCUUUGGUGUAAUUAUAUCUAUAUCCCUUGAAAAGUGUAAAAAAGAAUGCAAUAUGGCUUAAAAUAUUCUGGUGCAAGGGUUUUGUUAGCCUGUGAACCGCAGGCGUAUUUUUGGUAGACUCUUCUCUCCCUCUGAAAAAUAAUAAUAUUUUUUGGAGGGCGAUAAGCGACGACCAGAAAUACGUCUGCGGUUCGCAGGCUAGGUUUUUGUCCACUGAAAAUUAAAAUUACUCAAUUUCCCAGCCUAAUGGAUUCUGUUUUAAUGUUUUGCCUAACCUCUUAGCAGUUAUUAAAAUGUGAUGAGUCAUUACGAAUGAUAAUCUAGUACAUUUAACCAGGAAGAAGAAUUAUAAUAAUUUCACCAUAAUUAUUGUCGUAACUGAACAUGAAGGAGAAUAUUUAAUCAUCUAACAUGUUAUUAAAGCUAGAAGAGAAUUCAUUGUCUGUUGCGUUUCUUUUUAACUAUAACCACAAUUAAAUGCAUUUGGUUAGAAGUUGAAUUAAUCAGAUAAUCAAAAAAAAUUGUAAGAACUUAAACUUUUCUGUUUGAUAUUGAUUUAACCACUAAGAGAUUCUAAACUAUAAAAUUUGUUUUGUUUCUCUGCCCUUUUCGAUUCAGACCCCGACGACGGCGAUCCUGGCCCAAGUAAGUGCCCUUUAUUUUUGCCCUUUAUUUUGUUACCUGAAAGACCUGGAGUGGGUGUGUGAUAGGAAGAAAAAUUAAAACGGAAUCCACCGGGAAACUGAGUAAUUUUAAUUUUGAGUGGACAAAAACCUUGUACCAGAAUAAUUGAAAGCACGUUGCAUUCUCUUUUUACAUGUUUCAAGGGCUAAAAAUGUAAUAAGUCACUUGUAAUAGCACCAAAGCAAAUUUCUUAUGGGAGCCCAAGAAAAUGAAUGUCAAAUGUCACAAAAUUACAGCUUACAAAUGAGAUUUUCAGAAUUUUACCUACGUUUUCACAAUUCUUGUUAAAUUUGUCAUUCAUUUUCUCAGACUCCCAUGAGAAAUUUUCUUUGGUGUUAUUACAGAUGACUAAUUACAUCUUUAGCCAUUGAAAAAUGCAAAAAAGAAAGCAAUAUUCUUUAAAUUAUUCUGGUACAUGGUUUUUGUCCACUCAAAAUUAAAAUUACUCAAUUUCCUGGUAGAUUCCGUCUUAACUUUUGCAGAUGUUGGGGGAGCAAGGAUGGCGCAGUGGUGAGAGCACUCGCCUCCCACCAAUAUGGCCUGGGUUCAAAACCUGGCGUCGAUGCCAUAUGUGGGUUGCGUUUGUUGUUUGUUUUCUCCCCAAUAACCAACACUUCCAAAUUCCAAUUUGAUCUGGAACACACAUACGCUCGUAAGUGCUCCGUGGGUAAACAAAUGAGAAUUUUUUUUUUGACAAAAUGUUAAUCUGUUGAUGAAAAAACGCUUUUAAAAGACACUACAGAGUGCUUGUGCAUCAAUAUUUGAAGGGUAUUGCAAAACCACCUUAAAAGAACAAGUCCUCGGUCUCAAAUUUGAUGAAUGAAACAACAUACAAAUAAGAACCAGUUCAGCCUGCCAAAAUUGAACAGGUUCCUAUGUAAAAAAUGUGGGUAUAAAACUGGCAAAACAGUGGCUAUUAUCAGAGUGUGAGUGCUAGUCGAUUAAAACACAGCAUAUAAGUGAUUGAAAUUUUCAGAGGAAAUUAAUUAGGCUUCUCAUUAAUCCAGGCUAUAAUAUUGCAUAAAAGAAAUAAAUGUACACCCACUAUUAAUAAUGGUCAAUGAAAAAAUAAUCACAGAAUUUCAAAAGAAACAAACAGAAGAUUCAUGUUCUUAAAAAGAGGUAUAAUUUGAAGGGAAAAAAAAGCCUUAGCCUUUUGUUGAAAGAGUAAUAAAUGGGUUAGGGACAAAUCUGGAUCUUGGGGCAAAAGGAAUAUAUUAAUUUUUACUUUCCCCUUGUAAAACAUACUAAAAAAUUUUAGAUACCCUUGUUCACAAUUAAAACUUAGAAUUUAAAGAUCCUUUGUUAUAUUUAGGUUAGGAGUAAACAGCUAUUUGUUUUUAAAGUAAAACAAAAACUGCAUUUGCCUGUUAACAUUAGCAGUUGUAAAAUAUUAAAAACAGCUUUGUUAAAACUGAGAUAAAGCCAGUGUUAUUUGUAAGUCUUUUUAAAUCUUAAGCCUUGAUUUUAAAAUAUGUUGUUUGGUAAAAUUAAAUAUUAAAGUUGAAAAUUAAAAGUAAAAGCCAUAUAAUUAUUCAUUUGAUAAUGGAGAUUUACAUCCUGACAUUUUUAAAAUUUAAAAUAAUUUUGCAUUUGCAAUUGAAGUAUUAAGAUUCAUAAAAAUUAAAUAAUACAAUUAACUGAAAUAUGUAAAAAGCUAACAAUAUUAAUAUUUAUUCUAUGAAAUUUUUGCACUUCACCAGCCAUACUAAAAUAUCUUUUAUUUUAGUACCAUCUACCACAAACCUUAGUCACAUUUUCUUUCAAUUUUCUUUUGACUCCAAAACAUUUCAUAUAUGUUACUGUUAAAGGCCGUUUCCCCUUGCUUCUGUAUAUGUCAUACCUUUUCAGUUACAUGACAUCAGUAAUUCUUUGAGUUCCCAUCUUUCUCUAAUAACUCUUCAAGAAUCUUUGUACUUGAUUUACUCUAAAUACUAUUUCUAUGCAAUUAUCACUGUGAUAUGUGUUUCUAACUUGUCAGUUACACUUGUACAGUUGCACAUUACAACACUUUAAUGCUCUUACUACUAAUCUUUCUUGUGCUCUAUGUAUGGUAAAUAAGAUGCAUGUCCUCCGCAGGCAGAGCCUUUUCUCUUGUUCACUUUAUUUUGUCUUUUGGAAGAAAAAUAAUAUUAUUUCUUGCUGAGCGUGCACUGGGAGUUGGUAGCCUGGUGCAGAUUGAACCCAGGCAAAUCAAGUGGCAAUUUGAGGUUGGUUUACAACAAAUUACUGCAAAAAUAUAUAACAAGGCCCUGUUAGGGCAAAAUUCCAACAAGCAACGUGAGACUAGAUGAAAAGGCGACAAAUGACAUAAAGAUGAGUUAAAUACUGGGAGGGAUACGACCUACUCCUCAGUGCAAAACAACCGUAUUUGUNUUAGUCACAUUUUCUUUCAAUUUUCUUUUGACUCCAAAACAUUUCAUAUAUGUUACUGUUAAAGGCCGUUUCCCCUUGCUUCUGUAUAUGUCAUACCUUUUCAGUUACAUGACAUCAGUAAUUCUUUGAGUUCCCAUCUUUCUCUAAUAACUCUUCAAGAAUCUUUGUACUUGAUUUACUCUAAAUACUAUUUCUAUGCAAUUAUCACUGUGAUAUGUGUUUCUAACUUGUCAGUUACACUUGUACAGUUGCACAUUACAACACUUUAAUGCUCUUACUACUAAUCUUUCUUGUGCUCUAUGUAUGGUAAAUAAGAUGCAUGUCCUCCGCAGGCAGAGCCUUUUCUCUUGUUCACUUUAUUUUGUCUUUUGGAAGAAAAAUAAUAUUAUUUCUUGCUGAGCGUGCACUGGGAGUUGGUAGCCUGGUGCAGAUUGAACCCAGGCAAAUCAAGUGGCAAUUUGAGGUUGGUUUACAACAAAUUACUGCAAAAAUAUAUAACAAGGCCCUGUUAGGGCAAAAUUCCAACAAGCAACGUGAGACUAGAUGAAAAGGCGACAAAUGACAUAAAGAUGAGUUAAAUACAGGGAGGGAUACGACCUACUCCUCAGUGCAAAACAACCGUAUUUGUUCCCCCCCCCCCUCCCCCCACCUAAGAGUUGGCCAACAAAACAGGAGUUACAAAAUCAGUUGCAAGCUCAGCUGUAGCAAACGUUAUGGGUUAUGACUCUAAUGACAGACCUAUAUGUGGUUCUUUUAGCACUAGAAUGCUAUUGAAUGGAAAAAAUAUGAUCCUUGCUACAAGAAUCUGAAUGCCUACAAGUUUCUUGUCUUGAACUGAGACUAACCUUUCAGACGCUCUUUCUUAUUUAUUAGUUCCUUCGACUACUUCUACUACCACCAGGGUCACUGAGUUACAAACAACUGCAUCCUGUAAGUGUCUGUGAUAUGGUCUGAUCCUUUUUUCCAUUCUUGAAAGGCUGUUCUUGACUUAUCUCCAGUGCUCUUUUAUAACAGUUUUCUGUAAGCUGUAAGCUUAGCUUGCAGUGAGUGAGUGAGGCAUACAUCUUAAAACCUAAAGAAAAUGUGAAAACAGUAGACUGUAAAAAUUCAGUCAAUGCACUGAUUUUAAAAAAGUACUUACAUGUAAGCACAGCUUUUAUUGCCCUUGCAGAAUCUUCCCAAGUCAUGAAAUUUCUGCAUUUUUUGGAAAGAUUGCAUGGAAAGAUGGAAUUCAAAUUUACCAGACCAGAAUAAAGGAUUGCAAAUAAUUGUGACAAUAGCAGGGAAAGAAACUGAGAAAAACAAAUCUUCUUUUUCUCUUGUUGAGUUUCUAACAGUGCAAUAAUGCCAGGAAAAGAUCUUGGCUACACACUUGAAAUUGGAAUGCACAGAAACAGUAUUACAUAACUCUUGCCACUUUAUUUUACUGUCCUUAAGUCAGGAUACCUGUUAAAAACCUUCAUCUUACUACCUGCCUUGAGACCAUCUUACUAGUAGUUCAGUCAUGCAAAAUUGUGUGCAUUUUGUUUUUGAUACUAGUAUCCUUUCAUUGUACAUGGCAUUCAUACAUGUACUAAAGACCGGCACAUACUCAUGACCUUUCCACACUUGUGCACAAUCCUUUUUUUCUCACCUGUAUCCUUUCAUUAUACAUGCCGUUCAUACAUGUAUAUGUACUGAAGAUCAGACCUACUGCACAUUCUCAUGAUCUUGUCACACUUAUGCAUUCCUGCAUAUCCUUUUUUCUCACUCCCAUGCUUUCAUUGUACAUGGCAAUCAUACACGUACUUAAGACCUACUGCACAUACUCCUAGUCUCACAUGAUCUUGCCGCACUUGUACUCAAUCCUUUUUUUUCUCACUAGUAUCCUUUCAUUGUACAUGGCAUUCAUAUACUUUACUUUCUUAUGAUCUUGUUACACUUACGCACUCUGUGUUUCCAUGCUUAAGGAAAGUUGUGUGGAUAAGGGAUUUCAUAUGUUUGAAUCUCAUCUGCAUUAGCCACUUCAAAUCUUCCACGAGCAAAAGAACCUUUAUUCAGUCUCUUUAUUUGUCAGUGCACAUUUCCUCGCUGCACACAUUUCCUCUUCUCAUCUUAUUGAACUCAAACAGUGGCUACCAUGCUUAUUUUUCACGAAGAAAACAAAUCCUUUUUCACUCUCUAAAUCUUUUCUCUAUGAAUCUGCUUGUAGCUACAGGGGAAUCAACCAAACAACUUAUACCGGUAACUACUACAGCAAGUACAUGUAAGUUCAGAAACAUUUUAACCAUAAAUAACAAUACAUUACUACUGAUUGUUGAAAAAUAAGCACACUAUCAAGGAAUCCUUCCUGCUACUGUUUAGUUUGUACAUUUUCUUGGGCUAAUCUAUAAAGUACAUUAAUCUUUCUUUCACUACCCAAAAAACUGGGUUGGUACAUUCAGGUUGGAAAUUUUUCUUACCAAAGAAAACUUUGAAGCACAGCAAUAUUGUCAUUGUCUACGCAAGGGGAAGGGCCAAAUUUAGCAGAAACAUCUAAUCCAUUCUGGUGGUCUUGCAUUUGUGCAUGCAUCUUAUGGCAAGUUGUUUGGAUUACCUAAACAUUUUUAAAACAAAGAAAAUAAAGCAAAUAUAUAAUAGUUUUUGUUAUAAGAAUCAAACAAAACUUCAGCAGGAUGAGUAGAUCUAAGGACUCCUAAAAAUAAAAAUAGCAGUAAUAUCUUAUUAACAAUCACAUUAACACAAUUUUUUAAGAGAGAACAAACAUUAAAUUUACUGACCUUGCCCAAUAUUAUGACUAGCAGAGUUAAUGUGUUUAACCUUAGGGGUAUUAAAUACUAAAAGGUUCUCUUUAUAUCACUCUGUUAAGAUUUCUAGCAGCCUGGAUAUUUUUUAAGAUACAAGACAGCAGACUGCCUCUGAAUCUUUAUAAAAAAAGGGACUUUUCUCUCUCUGAGAAAUUCAAAUCGAGCAACCCAAGAAGAAGUUGCGAUGUUACAUCUUUGAGAGUUGGGCUCAUGAAAACUUAUGCUAACCAAUCAAUAAUUAUUACUCUGAUUUUCUAAUCACAAAAAAUUAAAUUCAGUGGUUGAGCUAAAGUUCUGAAGCAGUUUUAACCAUUAUGUGCUUAAGCAUUACUUAACAAAUUUAAUAAUACCAAAUGAGUAUGAACAAGACCUACUAACUUAUAAAGGUUUGUAUUACUAAUGUGUCACCAUUAUCAUCGACAUAACAAAGCAGACCUUUUGUUACUUCAAGAAAUGGCGUUAAUGAACAAAUUUAAACCUUCUCAAUUUUCAUCUAACAUCUAACAAUGUCAACCUUGAUAACCAAAUAAGACAUAGGAUCUACCAAUUUUUUUAACUCUUGAAUGUUGAUCAGCUGGUCAUCUCUGUUUUCCAAAACAAUACUGGAUCACUAAAUAUUUACGAGAAUAUUGGACGUGAUCAUCUAGGUCCAACCACAGUCAUAUUGACAUCUAACAAUGACAACCUUGCUGUAACCAAAAGAGACAUGAGAUGUGCUAACCGUUUUAACCCUUAAAUUUUGAUCAGAAUCUCACUUCUCCUUUCCACAACAAUACUUGAUCACUUAAAUAUUCAGGAGAAUAUUGGAAGUGAUCAUUAAGUUCUAAUCACAAUCAUCUAAUGAUUUUACUGUCCAUCGACUAACUGUUUUAGUUUAAGAAAUUAAUCCAGUGCAGAGAAUACUAUUUGUUGGUACUUUUGGAUGCAUGGAGAAGAAACUUGCUUAUAUCGUGGCUCGAUUUUAAGGCAUUCUGAUUCAAGAAAUCAAAGAAUCAUUUUUUCUGGACACAUUUUUUCGGCUCAAACCACAAGAUGUUAUCUUUUUUCAAGAGAGAAGGCUUUGAAUCUACUUACACAACCUUUUGAGUGGAUUUUUAAUCAUGUAGUCAGUAGGUAAGUUUACAGGCCAGGAUUAAAUUGGUUCUUGAAGUUUGCUGUCUUGUACUUGAAAAAAGAAAACUUCCAGGUUGCCAGCUAUCUGAGCAUUGUGUUGUUAAGGAUAAUAUGAAUAUGAGAGUUAUAUUUCACGUCCAAGGUGAAAAUUCUCCAGAGACCCUCAAUUAAAAAUUUAAGAAGAUUAAAGUUAAGGUUGACGUUUAUGCAGAAGGUUCGCACCGUAAAGGUAUAAAAGUGCUAGCCUGUAAAAAACUAAGGAUUUAACGAUCGUUUUUAACGUUAUCUGAGUUACGUAGGAGAGCUAAAAAGCGUAGUAUUUUGUCUUGAAUUUUAAAAGCUCAUGUAUUAGAAUUGGUGAUUUCUUAGUGCACGAAUACAAAUUUUGCAAGAAAGAAUAGCAAUUUCAUAAACCGCGCAGCAUUUAAAUACUUUUCUUCAAAAGCGUUACUUAAAGUAGACAGAUAUAACCUUCGUACGCUAGAAAUAACGACAUAAACAUUAACAUUAAAAUACCUUCAAUGAGCGCUGCCAUUUUGAACACUUCCCAGGAGUCUAUGCGGUCGAAAGGGACGCAAAGCGCAUGUUUUAUUUCUUAGCAAAGCUUUUUAGUUUUCUAUAAAAGCUUGCCCGACAUAAAUAAACAUUAGGAUUUAACUAAUUAGAACACGGAUUGAUAUGAAAAAUAAAUAACUUGAAACUCAUAAAAAAAAUGCAAGUAAUCUGACUUAUCGAAGCAUAGCUGGUAACCCUGUGGAACGUCACACCAAAUUUAGGUGGCCUGUGUCCAUCUGUUGAGCAAAGAUAGAAGUGUUUUGAAUUUUCUUGUAGUCACACCUAAAGUUGGAGCACGCACUCAGUCCGGACUCGGAGCGGGAGCCAUAGCAGGGAUAGUUAUCGCCGUGAUAUUGAUCGUGCUCAUCACCAUCGAUUUGUUUUGCUGUUUCUUCAACUCUUGCGGUAUUAUCUUCUGUUGUCACCAGGCCAUCUGUGGUGGAGGUGCAAAAAAGGACACUUGUAAGUAUUCUAAGUAAAGCAUCUCUUGAGGAUAUGUAAAAAAACAACAACAACAAAAAGAAAAAGAAAAAAAACUCCUAGACCAGCCAUAAGGUGCUUACAGGCACAGUUUCUUAUAAAAUUGAUAAAUCACAAUAUGUAGACAAAAAUGACGCUUCCUUCAGGUUUGAAGCUAUUAAAGCUAAGACAGAUGUGACCUGUUUGUUCUCCACAAAUCGAAAGGGAAAAGUAAGUUGGUAACCCUGUGUAGGAAAUCCAUUUUCGUCCCUAUUCGUUAGGGUUCAGUCCGGGAGUUCGGUGUAACCGACUUUUUAGGUUGCGAAUUACUGAACUGGGAAUUUCGUCCAGUUUGGCUAAAAUAAGCAACCAAAGAUCAUUGGCAUUCAGUGAUUUUCUUCUUAAUUUCCUAUUCCAGAUAAAGACGGCAAGGCAACAGAAAUGGAAAAGUAAGCGUUUUUACCUGCGUCGUGAUACUUAUGUUUUUUCCUUUUGUCGCUUUGUUUUAUUACUGUAGUAACACGAAUUCUAACUGCCCUAUCUUUCACUCUUCUAGGAAACCUUUGCCUGAAAAUGUCUAG